AUGAUCGCAUGUGCAGGAGAAAAUUAUAUUGUGUCAAGAUUUGACCGCGAUUAUUGUCCUUUCAUUGAAACGUUAUCAUUCGGUUCAGAUAUUGAUGUUAAAUGUAACAGUAGCUAUUUAACAUUCAAUGAAGCCACUACUGACAUAUUCAAUUGGAAAUUCGCUAACCAAACAUCAAAAUGUAGUCAGAAUGGUACACAAAAAACAAAUGUAGGCCAAUGUGGAAUAAGUCGUUUUGGCUCAAAUUAUCUAAAAGUUCAAUUAGUAAAAAAAGCAGUCACCUUAUCGAAAUCCUCAAGACACGAUGAGAACGCUUGUGUCUAUUGUCAAAUAGAUUACAAAUCCAUUGCACCAUUGAUUAGUGUUCUUCAAGUAGAUGAAGGCGAAUUUAUUUUCUAUACUUUUAAUAUCACAACUACUAGAUUGGCCCGUCAUGAAUCAUUUGAAAUUCUCUGGGCUAAACGUGCUGGCUACGAAAAUCGCCUGUCAAUCAAUUAUUGGUUUUCCUAUACAUGUGUUUAUUCUACAAUCAGAAUCCUAGAGAAUACUGGUCAUAAAAUAAUAUUUACCGUCGAAGAUGUAGCUAUUCAUCGAAUUGAAUUUAUUAUUCGUCGUUGUAAUGGCUCUUGUCGAAAUUACGAUAAAUGUUCUGAAGAAGACUUUAUCGAAGAUGUUACUUCCAAUAAUUUCCGAAUUCCUGAUUCCAUUGAAAAAUUAAGUUGUAAUUCCGACUGUCUCAAUGAUGUUUUUGUAACAAGAUCAACUAAUGCUACUCCCGUCUCGUCAUUAUUUCUAACUUCGACAGAAGAAUUUUUAAAGCCAGCAUUAUCAAUGAAACAUAUAAUUAUAUUAGUAAUAAUUAUCCUGUUGUUACUGGCGCUAUUAAUUCUAUUCCUGAUUUAUAUAAUCUGUAGAAUAGAAGGAAAAAAACAUGUUUAUUCAAAAACAAUUAAUGUUGACCCAGAUGAAUGUAAAUGA